AUGAUUCUUCGCAAUCUGUUCACACAAUUUCUCGCCGCUUCUGGUCUCCCAUCGCUUAUUGCGUACACGAAUGCAGAUUCUACGAGAUCAACAAAUACGCUAUUGCCUUCUUCAGACGUUAUCGCCUCGAACUCACUUGACAUAGCUAAUCAGAAUCUCAGUAUCCCCCCGGAUUUCGAAGUCAUUAUCACUUACAAGGAGCCCCCGAUCGACAUCGUUCGCUUUUACGCAAAUUGCAUUCAUGCGGCUGUACAAGAGGCUGCCUUUUCCUUUUUCGGACGGUCGCAGGGCUACUAUUCGGAAAAGUUUGAAUUAACGGUAAUUCCAAACGCAGCGGAAUAUCCACACCUGCAGCACAAUCAUGUCAUAUGGGCAGUCCAGACAGUAGCAGAUACGCUUUACCGGAAUCGAAGGUAUCAUGAGCUAGCGGGAUAUAUCCGAGUCACAAUAGAUGGUGCGAGAAGGCUGCUUGGAGGCAUACUGUUCCGAGAACCCAUUCUAGUCACUGAAGGUGGAGAGAACCUUGAGAUCAAUGACGGGUCAAGUAAUCUGACGAAUAGCGGUACACUGAAUCACACACCCCAAGCAGGCUCUGAAAAACCAACAAACACAACGCGCCUAGCCUCCAACGAUGCAAACCAGGAUCUUCCAACUCGAGACAACGAUAACAAAAUUACAUUUUCACAGUCUCCGGUAUUGAUGAACAAUACGAACGCAACCUCAAUCUACACCCUUUCCCCCCUCACAGAUUCCGGGAUGAAAUUAACUUUUGCUUACCUCCCACUCGCCCAGCGUCUCAGAUCAGUGGACACUUUCAUCGCUAUUAUACGCUACGUCUCCCGCCUAGCAGAGACAGACGCAGACAGUAAUUUCCGCAGCGACGAGUACGCAGAUCAGGAAACGGGAGUGGUCAUUGAUGUGAGAGUGAGCACUGAUCCGGGAUUGAUUACAACUCACGGGGAAGUGGUGAAGGCGCUGUGGUGUAUGGCAAUUGAGAUGAUGAAUAGGGGAAUUUACUUGGAAGCUAGGGGGUUGAUGUUCAAGACUCAGGGCACGGGAAGGGGAGGGAGGAGAAUUCAAUAUGCGGUUAUGGAGGUGAAGAAGAUCCGGGCUAUCGAGAGUGCUUGA